AUGCUGGACCUGCCGAUCGAGAUCUUGCAAAACAUUGGUGAUUUCCUAGACACAUCCAGUCUACUCAGCUUUUCAAGCGUGAACCGACAAUGUCGACUGGCGUUGUCUGCGCUCCUGUACCGUGACAUCGAAAUCAGAUUUUCCUCGCCAGAAACCCUAGUCUGUGACAUUCAGCGCUGCCAAGGAAUUCUGGCAUCUUCCAUAAGCUUCCAUCACGUUCAACAUCUGCGUGUUGUCGCGGCAGAAAUGGAGCCCCUCUCUUAUCCGAUUGACGAUUGUGGUGAUCGACCGCUCUACACCUGGAAAUUUUGCGGUAUAGAUGGCUGUAAAACAAGACAGGUGAUUGACAACCAUGAUUGGCAACUUCUGAGUCAUUUGAUGAAAAGCUUUCCGGCUCUACAAAGGCUUACCUGGGGGUGUCUUGAGCGGAUUCCCUCUUGCAUUUUGGAUAUCAUCGAGCACAAAGUGCCUAGAUGCUGGCUUGAUGUUGAAAACUUUCAUCUCAGCAGUCUAAUCCAGCCAUCGAGCGGCGCAUUUACCAUCGACAGCAGCGAUCUUGAAGUUGCGACUGCCCAAUGUCUUCGGAGUCUUGUGAUGCGAUGCGACUCCUCAGAUUCAUCUGAGUACAUCAAUCAUAACCCACAAGCCAUCCUGGAUAUGGUCUCUGGAGCAGCACCGAAUUUGCGAACAGUUCGUCUGCUCUGGCCCCCAGGUGCUAGCACACCGGCCUUCAACCAGUCCGUCAUAUUGUCAGCAAGAGAUCGAGUCUUGGGUGUAUCAACUCGAAAACGUCGAUCAAUGGGCCGUUUGGAGAACUUGGAACUAGUAGAAGGUGGAUCGGGCCAUGCACUCAUGUCUUGGAACACCAAAACCGACUUCAACCUGCUACAGACUCUGAAAGUACACUACCCUCUUGUUACAUCGGACUUCAGGUCGCUCAGAGAUUGUUGUCGAUUCCAAUCUUUGCAUACGCUAGCUAUCAAUCUUGGCGUCGAAGACGGAGAAAAUGAUCCCGAGUCUGAUUUAGCAGACGCUGUGGAGGGUUUUCUUUUCUCAAUCCCUCCGCUUCGAAGCGUGAAGUUGACUGGAGAUUACAGCCAAGUCAUUGUGUCAUCCGUGCUAGAUCACUGCAAUCUUUCUCUACAGCAUCUUCUUCUGGGACCACUUCAUGGAAUAGGCACAGGUGUCCCUGCAACUAUAUCCUUUAUCCAUAGCAUGAUUCAUAGAUGUCCGAAUUUAGAGGAACUCGCAAUUCCUCUAAUGCGGUGUCAAGGAGAUGCUAGUGAAGUGGCAGUGUAUCGAAGUCUGGCACGACUUCCUGCUCUUCGGAAGUUGCAUCUCUCCGUCUAUUGCAAGGAGCCUUUCCUUUGGGAUCAGCAUCGACGGAACCGACUGGCUCUCGACACUCGGAUACAUGACAGUGAGCCAGGUCUGGAAGAUCAAUUUCGUCGUGCGGUUGUCGACCUAGCAGUCGAUCAAGUGCUUGCGGCACACAUCUUUGAGAUCAUAACUCAUGCAAAAUCCCAAAGAUCAGCACCCUUAGAAAGUCUGGAGAUACGUACGAAAGCGCUCAGUAUCCUAGGAGGAUUCAGCUCGACAUCCAAAUGGGCGCAGUGGCUACAAUACAUCAGUCGUUCCUGGACUUGUACCGCGAAGAUUCGAGACGAUAUGCGUGGUCAGUGCCACAUCGUUGAAUAUGAUGAUGAAGAAAGGCUUGACAGGCAGGAUAUAGACGAGCUUGGGGAGGUAGAUGAGAUCCUCAGGACUCGUUCCGGUGGUUUGCUCUCCAAAAUCUGGCCAGGGGUCGAUAGUAGGAAUUGGAGGACGCGAUGGCAUAGCUUUCCGCUAAGUAUCUAA